CGGCAAUAAUAGCGAGCGAGCGCAACGCAGGCAUGAGUGUCCCGAGACGCUCCCCCCGGGUCCAGAUGAUCGGCGGCCAGCCGAGAAGCAUUUUCCUGGACGCCGGCCUCGUACGUGCGGCGCUCCGCUUCAAGCCACGCGACGGAGACAUCAUUCAGGUGACCUAUCCAAAGUCAGGAACUCACUGGGUCCAGCAGAUCACCCAGCUCAUCCUCAACAAGGGCGAGUCCGUGGCGAACUUCUCCGAAUUCGUGAAGAAGUCUCCGUUCCUCGAGUACCACGGAGAGCAAGCGUUCGAAGGUAUGAGCUGCCCCAGAACCAUACGAACCCAUUUCCCGCUUACAAGAGAAAACUUCAACAAGAACGCCAAGUACGUUUACGUGGCGCGUAACCCGUGGGACUGCUGCGUGUCUUUCUACCACCACGUCAGGAGCCUGCCGCUGUAUGAAUUCCAAGACGGCACUUUCGACGAGUUCUUCGAGGCUUACAUGAAGGGGUACGUCGGUUACGGGAACUACUUCGAUCAUGUCCUCUCCGGGUAUUCUCGCAAGGAUGAACCCAAUGUGUUUUUCAUCACCUACGAAGCGCUAAAGAAGGACACACCCGGGAGCGUGCUCGCGUUGGCUUACUUUUUGGGAGAGGAUUACGGGCGGCUGCUCGAACAGAGUGACGAGCUUUUCCAGAAAGUGCUGCGAAAGAGCAGUCCCGAGUUUAUGAAGAAAGUGAUGGAAGUGGACUUCAAGGAACUCAUGGCUACCUUCCACACUAACCGGAAUCCGGCGACCGACAUCUCGGACCCCACUAAGCAAGCGCAGAAAAACGGUCCAGCGACAUUCAACUUCGUACGAAAAGGCAAAGUGGGCGACUGGAAAGAGCAUUUCACGCCUGAGCAGUUCCAGCGAAUGCGCGCCACAAUUGAAGAAAAAUCCAAGGGUACCAAUCUAAUGGACUUUUGGCAGUCGGAUGAUAUUCGAUUUGCGUAGGCUGAAAGUCACACGAAUAAAACGAUUAAAUGAUAUGUGCA